AAGUGGAAGGGAUUUAAAAUUCUAAUUUAUUUGAAAUCGCAUUUUUUUCAAAAGAAGUUUGGAAUUCAAUAAUGUCGCCCUUGUAGAAGAAAGGAGCUUAAUGAAACAACAUCUGGAAAAAAAGUGGUUAAUUCUUGUAUAGCAAACUGAAGAAGAUGAAUCGAAGCGACGAGUUUUGGUUUUUGGUGAAAGAGUAAAAAUGAAUCGCCUCCGUCUCUGCAUGUCGUCAAAAAAAAUUGUUUUUACUUGUGAAUUGGACAGGUAGGGAAUUUGUAAUUCUCCGGUAAAGCACACAGCUCGUCAGUAACAAGCGGGAAAGUCACCAUCAUGGUUUGUGGCAUUUUGCUUCUUCUCAUUUUUCAAAUUACGGCACAGCGUUGCGUCCUGGGUAUAACAACUUCGCCUAAAGGAAGACAACUUCCAGGAACUAACCAGAUUGCCUUGAAUAAAUCUGCCCUAACAACGUGGAGAAACUCUAGUACUUCUAAACGCGUCCAAAAUGAUGGUAAAAUUGGAAUACUAAUCGAGAAAGAAAUGUAUCCUUAUUUUGAGAAAGCAAUGCUGUUCCAGAAUUCUAUUUUACAAAGCGUUAAAAUGCUACCAAAAGUCGUGGAGAACAAUCCAUACGCCGUUCUACAGGCGAUAUGUAAUUUUACUGGUAAAGAUGUGAGUGGAUUAGCAUUUAUCUGUGAGGAGCCUUGCUCAGAAAUGACUUCAUUUGCCAGUUUACUUGGUUGGUCAGGUGUUAUGGUCAAGGGGCGAAGCACCGAACGUUCUCUGAUAUUCCCAAAAGAACCCACCUCAUUUUUAGAUAUUUCACCUGCUAAAUACUUACAGAACGACGCUGUGAUCGAACUUUUCGUUCAAUUCCAAUGGAAGUUAAUCUGCCUUAUUCAUGAUACAAAACCUUCGACUGCUUCUCUCGUCGCGGACCUAAAAGAACGGAUGAAAAAGAGAGAUUUGUCUCUUAAUCACGUGAUCGAACUGGAUGGGACAAAUGUUACCAUUGCUGAUGGUCUGAAGAGGGUGUAUGGGAAGUCCAUGGUUUUUGUUCUUUAUUGCAGUAGUAUGAGUGCCGAAAGUGUUUUAGAAAUUGCUAGCCGACAGCGGCUUACGAGCAAAAAGCAUGCGUGGAUUGUGGGAGAGAUGAUCUUGGAAAAUCGCGGGGAAAAUGUACCAGAAUCUUUUCCCAUUGGUUUGAUUGGGGUCGAGUACGUAAUGAAAGACAAGACCGCUGACCACAUAGCCGACGCAAUUAACGUGAUUGCUUCUGGGAUCAAUCACAUGACAGAUAGUGAAGCCAAUAUGAAUAAAUUAAAAGGAAAUUGUGACAACACAACAGUUUCUUCAGUUUCACCUUUAUACCGGAAAAUGAUUAACGUUACAUUGAAAGGAAAAACAGGGAUAGUAUCUUUCGACGAAGAGGGCCAUCGAACAGGCGCCAAGUACGCCUUCCUAAAUCUCCGCAAAGAAAGAAACACCCAGAAGUUAUUCUGGCAAAACGUUGGCUUCCUGGAAAAUGAUCACGUGACUUUAGAACAAAUAGUUUGGCCUGGUGAUGUUGUACAUACUCCCAGCGGUCUUCCCCGUGCGAGCCUGCGCGUAGUGAUGUACGAGGUGGCGCCAUUAAUAUACGUUAAAGAGAGUGACUCGACGGAAGAAUGUCAACAGGGCAUCACAUGUACACUUGUAACCAAAGAAAAUAAAGAGGUGCCAAGGUGCUGUUACGGGCUGUGUAUCGAUCUGAUCAACAUGUUGAGUCAAGACCUUGAUUUUGAUCCUAUCAUUCGUAUUAUUGAAGGAGGUCGAGCGGGUUCCUUUAAACAUGGAAAAUGGACAGGUUUAGUAGGUUCAGUGCUCUACGGAGAAGCAGACAUGGGAAUGUCGUCCAUCAGCAUCACCGAAGAAAGAAGCAAAGUUAUCGACUUUACAGAACCCUUCCUACAUACGGGAUCUACCAUACUGGUUGCUAAGCGACCGGGAAGUUUCAAAGGAGACGGAUUCCUUAGACCUUUUGAGCUUGAAUCCUGGUUAUUUAUAUUUGGAGUUCUUUACCUUGUGGCGUUCGUAAUCUUCAUUUUUGAGUCCAAAAAUCCUGGUCUUCAGCGUUCAAAACACAAACACCUCGCUGGUCAGUUCGACAUUCAUGUGUCUAUCUGGCUCAUCUAUUCCAGAUUGUUCAGCGGUAAUCUUGAUGCGCAUGUGCCGAGGUUUGUUAGUAGUAGGGUGGUUCUAAGCUCCUGGGCAUUUUCGUCCCUGCUGUUGAUCGCCCUUUAUACCGCAAAUCUUGCAGCAUUUAUGGUGCAGAAGGAACAAGCACACUACAUAGACAGCAUCAAUGACUCAAUCAUUCAAAACCCAUCAAAAAGCCUUCUCAGGUUCACAACCAUCCGCGAUACAAGCGUAGAGAACUACUUCAAAGUGAACUAUCCACGGAUCUUCAAAUACAUGAGACAGUACCAAUUCAACCAUUCGUCCGAUGGUGUGCAAGCUGUAAAAGACGGUAAAAUUGAUGCAUUUAUUUGGGAAGCGGUCACCCUGGAUCGAUACGUUGCAAAUGACAGCAGAUGUAACCUACUGACGGUUGGGAAACAGUUCGACAAGAACGGCUUCGCUGCAGUCUUUAGUAAAGGAUCUGAAUGGACGAAGAAGGUGUCCGAGAAGAUUAUGGAGUACCAGACAUCGGAAGAAUACAGACAAAUGGCUGAAAAAUGGCAGGAAGGAUCCUGUAAACAAACGCCAAAAGCGGGCCGCUUCAAGGCAGCCUUUUCUAUAGAUCGACUGGAUUAUGUGAAUCUGUCAGGAGUGUUUUACCUGUUGGCUGUUGGUAUUGGCUUGUCUUUCUUGGUGCUCAUCGGAGAAAACUUUUACUGGAUGUUCCAGAAGAAGACAGAGAACAGAAGAAUGAAUACACGGUCACCUAUGAAUGGGGCUGAAAGGCUCGAACUACAAAAGAAAGUGGGCGAAGUGAGAGAGUUUUUAGAUGAUAACUACUACAGAGAUCAACAAGUAGUAUUUUUGUCAAAGGUGGAGAAAGAAUUACAAGAGACUCUUCAAGAGCUUCGGGACGUUCAAGCAAUGUUAGACACACGUCGCCAUUUCCUCACACCUUUCGACAACAGUAGAUCAGACAGCAACCAAGAUGACAUUUUAGAGGGUUUGACUCUCAGUGAAGUCAAAAGUGCCAUUGAAUCAAUGAAACUGGAAGAAUUCAAGAAUUCUAAAGUAGAAAGAGAGUCAGUAGUAUAGCGGGGACAAUAGUACCGCAAGUAGGGCGUGAGAUGGUCACGUGGAAAUCUCUCCACCGUUUAUGGUAUCAAUGUAGCGCGCGCGCGGUUUUGGCGCGAAAGUUCGGGCUAAUCAAAUUCAAUCGAGUUUAUUGGUAAUGAUAAAACUAGAAUGAAAUGAAAUUUAGUUUUUUUCAUUUUACAUAACUAGAUAGUUUGGUUUGAGAUUAUAUGGUUAGUAAAAUAUACUAAAUUGGAAAAAGGGUUGUCAAAUAAAAUGUUUUGAUGAUUUA